UUUGCCGGCCAUGUUGAAAAUGUGGUGCAUAGCUGAAAAAAGAAACGAAACGCGCUAUUAAGGGAGUAUAUUUUACAGAGAAAUCUCAAAGAACAUUGCAACACUAAAUUAAUAAGCCAUCAUGGCGGAUGCCACGGCCAGAUCAUUGCAGUAUGAGUACAAAGCGAAUUCCAAUCUUGUAUUGCAAGCUGACAGGUCUUUGAUAGACAGACGCAGUCGAGAUGAAGCUACUGGAGAAGUUGUAUCUCUUGUUGGUCACUUGGGUACUAUUAGGAUGGGAGACAAAUAUGAAAGAACUAAACCACCUGUUGAUAAUGAAAGAAAAGCAAAGCGACAAAAAACAGCUGAAAAAGAAGAUGUUGGCAAGUUAAAGGGAAACACUUUACUAUCUGAUGAUGUUGAAGAUAUUGCUGGUAUCCAGUAUAGGCCAAAGACAAGAGAAAGUAAAGCCACUUAUGAAGUUUUGCUGACUUUCAUCUUAGCAGCCAUUGGUGAUCAACCUCGGGAUAUCCUUUGUGGUGCUGCUGAUGAAGUAUUGGCUUGUCUUAAAGAUGAAAAACUCAAGGACAAAGAAAAACACAAAGAGAUCAUAUCUCUACUAGGCAACAUUCCAGACGAGAGGUAUGCAUUACUGGUAAACCUUGGUAAGAAAAUCACAGACUACAGUUUUGAUAGGGAUCAUUCCAACCAGGAUGAAAUAAUUGAUGAGACUUAUGGAGUUGCUGUACAGUUUGAUGAGGAAGAAGAAGAGGAAAAAGAUUUUGAUGAAGUUCGAGAAUCUGAAUCAGAUGAUGAUAAUGAGGAAGGAGUUGAAGCAGACACUACUAUGACUCUCCAGGGUGGGCUCUCAGAAUCACAACAAGCUUCUAGUGAUACUAUACAUCCACGUGAGAUUGAUGCAUUCUGGUUACAACGUGAACUCAACAAAUAUUAUGCAGAUGCUGAAGCUUCACGGUCAAAAACUGAGGAAGUUCUUGAAAUCUUAAAAAGUGCUAGUGAUGAGAGGGAACUGGAAAACAAACUAAUGUUGCUUCUUGGACAUGACAAGUUUUCCUUUAUACGACUUUUGCGAAAGAAUCGCAACAUGGUGCUUUAUUGUACUCUUCUAGCAGCAGCACAAAGUGCUAAAGAAAAGAAGGAGAUUGAAGAAAAAAUGGAGGCUGAUCCUGACUUGGCACAGAUCCUGCAUGCUCUUACUGAGACUGAUGAGGGAGAUCUGAUACAGGAGGAAAGAGCAAGGAAAGCAGCCAAUAGAAAGGCUCGCAUUGCUGCAGAUUUGGAUGCUCUAGAAUCAGAUCAGACUAGAGGCAACAGGAAGGUCAUUGAUUUAGAAGAGCUGCAUUUUAAAGAUGGAAGUCACUUGAUGGCCAAUAAGAAAUGCCAACUUCCUGAUGGCUCAUUUAGAAAACAAAGGAAAGGUUAUGAAGAGGUUCAUGUGCCAGCCCUGAAACCAAAACCAUUUGAUACUGGAGAGCAAUUGACUCCAAUAACAUCCUUGCCAAAGUACGUCCAGCCAGCAUUUGAAGGAUACCCAACACUUAACCGAAUACAGAGUCGUCUAUGUAACACUGCACUCAACACUGAUGAAAAUAUUCUUCUCUGUGCCCCUACUGGUGCUGGGAAAACAAAUGUGGCAUUGCUCACUAUACUUCGGGAGAUAGGCAAACACAUCAACCUGGAUGGCACCAUUAACACUGAGGAGUUUAAGAUCAUUUACAUUGCACCCAUGAGAUCACUAGUACAGGAAAUGGUUGGCAACUUUUCAAAGAGGCUUAGUACUUAUGGGAUAACUGUGUCUGAGCUUACUGGUGACCAUAACCUGAACAAGGAGCAAAUUAAUAGCACCCAGAUCAUUGUAUGUACUCCAGAGAAAUGGGAUAUUAUAACCAGAAAAAGUGGUGACCGCACCUACACACAGCUUGUUAGGCUUAUUAUCAUUGAUGAAAUCCACCUGCUUCAUGAUGACCGGGGUCCUGUACUGGAGUCUCUAGUGGCCAGAACCAUACGUCAAAUUGAAGCAACCCAGGAACUGGUGAGACUGGUUGGUCUUAGUGCAACAUUACCCAACUAUGAAGAUGUUGCAACUUUCAUGCGUGUAAAUCCAGCAAAGGGCUUGUUCUUUUUUGAUAACAGCUUUAGACCUGUUCCAUUAGAGCAGCAAUAUAUUGGUAUCACUGAGAAAAAGCCUGUCAAGAGAAUGCAGAUGACCAAUGAAGUGGUUUAUGAGAAAGUUAUAGAACAUGCUGGAAAAAACCAAGUGCUUGUUUUUGUGCAUUCUCGAAAAGAAACUGCAAAGACUGCAAAGGCGGUGAGGGAAAUGUGUUUAGAAAGAGAUUCGCUUGGGAUGUUCUUGAGGGAGGACUCGGCAAGUACUGAGGUUUUGAGAUCAGAAGCAGAGCAAGCAAAGAAUCCUGAUUUAAAAGACCUGUUGCCCUAUGGCUUUGCUAUCCAUCAUGCAGGCAUGUCAAGGGUAGACAGGACACUUGUAGAAGAUUUGUUUGCCGACAAACACAUUCAAGUGUUAGUGUCAACAGCAACCUUAGCAUGGGGUGUCAACCUUCCAGCACACACUGUCAUUAUCAAGGGGACACAGGUUUACAGCCCAGAAAAAGGCCGUUGGGUGGAGCUGGGUGCCCUUGACAUUCUUCAGAUGCUGGGACGUGCUGGGCGUCCACAAUAUGAUUCAAAGGGUGAAGGUAUUCUCAUUACAAGCCAUGGAGAACUACAGUAUUAUCUUUCUCUUAUGAACCAACAGUUACCUGUAGAAAGUCAGUUUAUCUCCAAACUUGCUGACAAUCUCAAUGCUGAAAUAGUGUUAGGUUCUGUACAGAAUGCUAAAGAGGCAGUGCGCUGGCUUGGAUACACUUACUUGUAUAUUCGUAUGCUGCGUAACCCUCCACUUUAUGGCAUAUCAGUUGAUGAAGCAGGGAAAGACCACUUGCUGGAACAGAGAAGAGCAGAUCUCAUUCACUCAGCUGCAGUUUUGUUAGACAAAAAUAACUUAAUAAAGUAUGAUAAAAAGACUGGCAGUUUCCAGACCACAGAAUUGGGGCGCAUUGCCAGCCAUUACUACCUGACCCAUGAAACAAUCUCUACAUUUAAUAGCUUGCUGAAACCAACCCUAAGUGAGAUUGAGUUGUUUAGGGUUUUUUCACUUUCAUCAGAAUUCAAGUACAUUACUGUCAGAGAGGAAGAAAAGCUAGAGUUGACCAAACUGCUUGAAAGAGUACCAAUUCCAGUAAAAGAGAGCAUUGAAGAGCCCAGUGCUAAGGUUAAUGUCUUGUUACAGUCUUACAUAUCUCAGCUCAAGCUAGAGGGAUUUGUUUUGAUGUCUGACAUGGUGUACAUAACUCAGUCUGCUGGUAGAUUGUUGAGAGCCAUAUUUGAAAUAGUCCUAAACAGAGGUUGGGCUCAACUUGCAGAGAAAACCUUGAACCUAAGCAAAAUGGUGGACAAGAGAAUGUGGCUAUCAAUGACUCCUUUGCGACAGUUUAAGAAAAUACCAAUUGAAGUAAUCAAGAAAAUAGAGAAGAAGGAAUUUCCAUGGGAACGAUAUUAUGAUCUGGGACCAAAUGAAAUUGGUGAGCUCGUUCACAUGCCAAAGAUGGGCAAAAYUCUACACAAGUUUGUUCAUCAACUACCCAAGAUGGAACUGGCAACACAUAUUCAACCAAUCACCAGAUCUACUCUAAGUGUUGAGCUGACAGUGACUCCUGACUUUCAAUGGGAUGAGAAAGUUCAUGGAAACUCUGAAGCCUUUUGGAUUCUCGUUGAGGACGUUGAUAGUGAAAUCAUUCUACAUCAUGAAUAUUUCUUACUCAAAGCCAAGUAUACUACUGAUGAACAUGUGAUCAAGUUCUUUGUCCCAGUCUUUGAACCCCUUCCACCACAAUACUUUAUAAGGAUUGUAAGUGAUAAAUGGCUAGGAUCAGAAACCCAGCUGCCCGUGUCAUUUCGACAUCUUAUUCUUCCUGAGAAAAAUCAACCACCAACUGAACUUCUGGACCUGCAACCACUACCUGUGUCAGCCCUUAGGAACCCUGCUUUUGAGGCAUUAUACAAAGAUAAAUUUCCUUAUUUUAAUCCCAUUCAAACACAAGUGUUUGGUACACUGUAUGACUCAGAUGAAAAUGUCUUUAUUGGUGCACCAACGGGCAGUGGUAAGACAAUCUGUGCAGAGUUUGCUAUUCUACGUCUUCUACAGCAGGGAUCUGACAACAGAUGUGUCUAUGUGACUCCACUACAAUCUCUUGCAGAACAAGUAUAUUCUGACUGGCAGAAUAAGUUUGGUCUGCUUUUGGGCAAAAAUGUUGUACUAUUAACUGGAGAAACAAGUGCAGACCUGAAACUUCUUGCAAAGGGUCAUAUCAUAAUGAGUACACCAGAUAAGUGGGACAUUUUGUCAAGGAGGUGGAAACAACGAAAGAAUGUCCAAAAUGUUCAUUUAUUCAUAAUGGACGAAGCACAUUUGAUUGGAGGAGAAAAAGGACCUGAGAUUGAGAUUAUUUGUUCUCGUAUGCGCUACAUCUCAUCACAGUUGGAACGAAAUAUUCGAAUUGUGGCUUUGAGCUCUUCUCUGGCUAAUGCAAAGGAUGUUGCUCAAUGGCUUGGUGUCAGUUCAACAGGAUUGUUUAACUUUCAUCCUAAUGUCAGACCAGUGCCCUUAGAGCUACACAUCCAAGGUUUCAACAUAACCCACACAGCAUCACGUCUCAUUGCCAUGACAAAGCCAUCCUACCAAGCAAUCGUUAAGCACUCACCUAGAAAGCCAGUCAUUAUUUUUGUUCCAUCAAGAAGGCAGACAAAGUUGCUUGCAUUAGACCUUGUGACUUUUGGGGGUGCUGAUAGUGAUGGACAAAGGUUUCUGCAUUGUACUGAAGAAGACUUGCAACCAUUCCUCAAGAGACUUGAUGACAAGACACUCAAAGAGACAGUGAGCUGUGGAAUUGCAUUCCUACACGAGGGUUUGACUGAAAGAGAAGUGAAAAUCAUAGAGCAACUGUUUACUUCUGGAGCAAUUCAGGUGGUAGUUGUAUCCCGCAGUUUAUGUUGGGCACUAAACAUGAAUGCACAUUUGGUCAUUAUUAUGGACACCCAGUUUUACGAGGGAAAAAUGCAUUCGUAUGUGGAUUAUCCCAUUACAGAUGUCCUUCACAUGAUAGGUCAUGCUAACAGACCUCUAUUAGAUGAUUCAGGCAAGGCUGUCAUUCUCUGUCAGGCAUCAAAGAAAGAGUUCUUCAAGAAGUUUCUGUAUGAACCUUUACCGAUCGAGUCUCAUCUUGACCACGCUCUACACGAUCAUUUUAAUGCCGAAGUCGUUACCAAGACAAUGGAAAACAAGCAAGAUGCAGUGGAUUACCUCACUUGGACAUACCUGUACCGCAGAAUGACACAAAAUCCUAAUUACUACAACUUACAAGGUGUGACACAUCGUCAUUUAUCCGACCAAAUGUCAGAACUGGUGGAAAAUACACUCAAUGAUUUGGAACAGUCCAAGUGCCUUAAUAUUGAAGAAGAGAUGGACGUGAGUCCACUUAACCUGGGCAUGAUUGCUGCCUAUUACUACAUCAAUUAUACAACUAUUGAACUAUUCAGCGUGUCACUGAACGCCAAGACGAAACUGCGUGGCCUGAUUGAGAUCAUUGCUUCCGCCUUCGAAUAUGAAGGCCUUCCCAUCCGCCAUCACGAGGAGACAACUUUGAAACAGUUGUUAAAUCGUGUUGUCCAUAAAGUAUCCAAUCCCAAGUUCAAUGAUCCACACAUCAAAACAAACCUGCUGAUCCAGGCUCAUCUAUCCCGCAUGCAAUUAUCACCUGAACUACAGUCAGACACCGAGAUGAUCCUUAGCAAGGCAAUGCGUCUAAUUCAAGCUUGUGUAGACGUUCUCAGUAGUAACGGAUGGCUGUCUCCCGCACUUGCUGCCAUGGAACUUGCCCAGAUGGUAACCCAAGCAAUGUGGAGCAAGGAUUCGUACUUGAUGCAGAUUCCUCAUUUUACUCCAGAGAUCAUCAAAGCGUGCACUGAAAAGAAUGUCGAGUCUGUGUUUGAUAUCAUGGACCUAGAAGAUGAGGAAAGAAACAAAUUGCUAAAGCUGGAUGACAGCCAAAUGCAGGAUGUUGCUCGAUUUUGUAACAGGUACCCCAAUAUAGAGAUGUCUUAUGAGGUUUUGGACAAAAAAGAUUUGAAGACGGGUCGUCCUGUCAAUUUACUUGUUGAAUUAGAACGUGAAGACGAUCAAGCUGGCCCAGUCAUUGCACCGUUUUUCCCUCAAAAACGAGAGGAGGGCUGGUGGCUGGUAAUUGGGGACACUAAAACUAAUGG